UUUAAUCUUGCUUUGUGCCCACUUAUUCUACAGGCUUAUCAGCCCCCCCUCUCCCUUGAGAUCACUCCAUUUAAUUUCUCCCACAGACCAACAACAAGAACAGAGCAAGAGCAAGAACAGAGAGCUGCUCUUUUGUGAAGCUUUCUAAGUUUGAGCAAAUUUGUGAAGAACCAAAAAAGAAAGGGAAAAGUUGGGAUUUUGGAGUGAUGGGUUUGUUUAGAAUGAAGGGUUUAAAGGAUUGCAAGCCUUUGAUGGUGAUGGUAGCCAUAGAUUUUGCUUUCGCCAUCGUGAAUAUUCUGCUCGAGACAGUUCUUAAUCAUGGAAUGAACCAUUUGGUUCUCAUCACUUAUCGUCUCUCCAUUGCUGCUAUUUCCUUGGCUCCCAUUGCCUACUUCGCCGAGAAGGACGGCAGAGCCAAUCUCUCUGUUCGAAUCCUCUGUUACUUGUUCUUCAGCGCCAUUGUUGGGGCUUCACUCACCCAAUACUGCUUUCUUCUCGGCAUCCAACAUACCUCUGCCACUUUCGCCUGUGCAUUUGUCAACAUAGUCCCUGUCGUCACUUUUCUUCUUGCUCUCCCAUUUGGGUUGGAGUCGGUGAAGUUGAAAUGUAGCAGUGGGAAAGCGAAGGUGAUUGGGACGAUGGUGUGCAUCUCCGGCGCGGUGCUAUUGACGACGUACAAGGGGCCGGCAUUGGUGAACGCUUCGUACGUCGCACACGCCGUCGGUGGGAAGGUGAAGACGAAGACGGCGGAGAGUUGGACGGUGGGGUGCAUAGCUCUGGUGGCUGGAACUCUACUCUGGUCGUCGUGGUUUCUGUUGCAAUCGAACAUCGGGAAGAGAUAUCCGUAUCAGUACUCGAGCACUGCCAUUAUGUCCGGCUUCGGCGCCGUCCAAUCCGCCGUCUUGAGCCUCUCCACCGGCGCAAAGCUCUCCGCUUGGGCACUCACCGGAAAGAUUCAAAUUCUCACGGUUUUGUACACUGGGAUGAUCGGAUCAGGAAUAUGCUUCGUGGGAAUGUCGUGGUGCGUUAAGAAGAGAGGUCCAGUAUUCACAGCAGCCUUCAGCCCAUUGGUUCAAAUAAUGGCAGCCAUGUUAGACAUCCCCAUCUUGCACGAGCCACUCCAUCUCGGAAGCUUGUUGGGGUCAGUCAUUGUGAUAAUUGGACUCUACAUUUUACUAUGGGGAAAGAAGAAAGAGAUGGAGAGCUGUGCUUCAAAAGUGGUGGUGGUAGAGGAAGAUCAAAUGACGAAGGAAUCACAACAAGAUGAGCCCUAGAAAUCAUAAUCAAUUAAGAAGAUGAAACCACAAAGAUUUGAGAUAUGGGGUUCUGUUCUUUGUAAUUUUUUUUGGGCAGUGUUGCUGAUUCAAGAGGGGCAAACCCAAUAGAGUGGCAAAACGAGAUCAAGACCGAACUUGGUUUUAAUUUCGAGUUGUCAAUCUAAACCAAACGUUGUAAUAGUUAAGAAUAUAUACCAUUAUAAAUGCAUACUUAACCUAUUUAAUCUGUUA